UGCGCGCUGCCCGGCGGAGAUGCCCGCCCGCCCCCCCGCACGCCUGCGCCGGCGGCGGCAUGGAGCCGGGCCCGCCCGCCGCCGCCAACCUGCUGCCGCUGCUGGAGGGGGGCCGCAAGGCCGGCGGCAACAAUUGGUCUGGCAGUCUCAUUGUAGCCUCUUUGGCUGGUGCUUUUGGGUCGUCCUUUCUGUAUGGUUACAACCUCUCUGUAGUGAACGCUCCUGCGGUGUAUAUCAAGAGAUUUUACAAUGAAACUUGGCAAAGAAGAUACGGCUUCUCGAUGGAGGAAAGCACGCUGACGCUCCUCUGGUCUAUAACUGUCUCUAUUUUUGCCAUUGGUGGCCUUGUGGGUGCCAUUAUUGUCACCCCAAUUGUGAAGUUCUUUGGGCGGAAAUGUACGUUGCUGCUCAAUAAUGUAUUUGCAGUUGUGGCUGCACUGUUGAUGUCCCUCUCUUCAUUAGCGGGGUCAUUUGAAAUGCUUGUACUGGGCCGCAUGAUAAUGGGUGUUGAUGCAGGCAUUUCUCUGAGUGCCCUUCCCAUGUAUUUGAGUGAAAUAUCUCCCAAGGAAAUCCGUGGUUCAUUGGGGCAGGUCACAGCAAUUUUCAUCUGUAUUGGUGUUUUCACUGGGCAAGUGUUGGGGCUGCCAGAAAUAUUUGGGAAAGAAUCUCGAUGGCCAUACUUAUUUGGAAUGAUUUUUGUUCCUUCGCUGAUUCAAGUUGUGGUUUUGCCUUUUCUUCCUGAAAGUCCUCGUUACCUCCUACUUGAGAAACAUGACACAAGCAAGGCAGAAAAAGCAUUUCAGACCUUUCUUGGGAAAGAGGACGUGUCUCAUGAAGUAGAGGAAGUUUUGUCAGAGAGUCGAGUCCAAAGAAACACCCGGUUGGUGUCGGUACUUCAGCUCCUGAGAACCCGCGCUGUGCGAUGGCAAGUCAUUACUGUGGUCGUCACCAUGGGCUGCUACCAGCUCUGCGGGCUAAAUGCUAUCUGGUACUACACGAACAGCAUCUUCAGUGAAGCAGGGAUCAAACAUGAAACAAUCCCGUAUGUUACACUAAGUACUGGUGCUAUUGAGACUGUCGCUGCUGUUUUUUCAGGCUUAGUUAUUGAACGUCUUGGGCGUAGACCUCUUCUCAUCGGAGGUUUUGGGUUGAUGGUCGUCUUCUUUACAGUACUGACAGUGUCUCUGACUUUACAGAAUAACAUGUACUGGCUUCCUUACCUCAGUAUAUUUUGCAUUCUUGCCAUUAUUGCAUCAUUCUGCAUUGGACCAGGUGGGAUUCCUUUUGUCCUGACUGGAGAGUUUUUUCAGCAGUCUCAAAGGCCGGCCGCAUUCACGAUAGCUGGGACAGUCAACUGGCUCUCCAACUUCGCAGUUGGACUACUUUUCCCUUUCAUUCAGAGUGGUUUACAGACCUACUGCUUCCUGGUGUUCGCUGCCAUCUGCUCUGCAGGAGCUAUCUACCUGUUCUUUGUCCUGCCUGAAACAAAAAAUAAGACACUUAAUGAGAUCAGCCAGGCAUUUGCCAAAAGGAAUAAAGUAUCUUUAGAAAUGCAAGAAAUGAACCACUGUGCAGAAGAAAGGAAAUCAAGUGGGGAACAAGAAUCAAACUUCACUUCUUCAGUGGACAAGGGGGAAGCCAAGACAGGAGCUGUAUAAAACGUGAAUGUUCUUCGGGGACGGGGUAAACAUGCUCCUCUGAUUCAGUACGUUUAUAGCAGUGUGCAACUUAUAUUUUUAACGUUAUGGCAUGAACUGCUUCCCCCUUGGGUAUGUUGUGAGUGUGUUUAAAGUGAGUAUGGGUGAAUUUGUUAGCAGCUAGGGUGAUUCUAGAGGAAAUGUGAGGCUGGCGUGGCAGCAGCCGAUUAAUUAAAUUAGAGCCAGAGUUUUUUGGGGGUACCUGUAAACUAGGUGCUGAGGUGAGUGGGGUGGGGAAUCUAGACUUGGAGGAGGGCACUGGAGAUGAGUUGUGAGCGGAUGUUGGCUGAGCACCUCAGUGCAUGAAUGGUGAGAUGUGUGUGCGGUUGGCAUGGCGGAGGCGGCAGGAACUGGGGCUGCUAAAAAUCAAUUCAGACAAACCUGAAGGGGUACCAGCUUGCAUUUCUCCAUGUUUCCCAAUAGUCAUUUAAGUUGCACAUGAGAACAGAGGACUUGAAAGACCACUUGUGACACUCCUCCUGCCUGUUUCUUUUCCAGCUGUUUUGACUUUCAGUUGCUUCAUCCAGACACCUCCCAGCUUCUUAUAAAUGGAAAGCCCCAGAUCCCAAAGGUUUUCCUCGUCUAGCUCUCAAAUACUGAUCAGCUAGUAGUAGGGUUGCCUGUCAUUUUUGGAUUGAUGACACUGCAUUUCUGGUUUAUUUUUUUAAGACUAUUUAUAGAAGCUUUGAUGUGAAAGGGAAACUAAACUUCAUGGUGAAGUGGAAGAACUAUGGUAGUAGGUGUAGGGUGCAGCGUUAAAAAAAAAAUCAAACACCAGGUUUCCCAGCCCAUUGCAGCUGGUAAAACAUUUUUGGAGGAGAGAGAAAGGAGAACGUAUCUUUUCUUUUUAAGCUCUUUUUGAAACCAGACUUAUGAGCCAAUAUUUGCCUGUAACCCAAUGAAAUGCCAUUUCUUAACACUAAGAUCUUCAAAUGAAUUUGAGUACCUAAUUCUUCUUUAAGCACUAAUCUUUUUUUGAGGCAUUAGAUUCUGAAGCUCUGGGCCUAGUUCAUUUUUCUUAGUUUCAAAGCUACUUAAUGCUUUGGAAAAUUGACUUCAGAGUCUGCUUAAUUUCAUGACAGAGAGGUUUAGCAGACUGUGUGGGGUUACGUGAUCCAUUUCCUUCCACUUGGGAUUUUUUUAGGCAGAUCAUCUUUCUACUUUGUAAUUGCAAGAAUAGUUUUCUUGACUCUUAGGUACCUGGAUGCUUAGAGGGGUAAUAAGUGCUUUUAAAUUAAAUAGCUGUUAUUUUAUAUGAAAAGUUGUUAAGUCUUAGAGCUGCUCCCUGUCAGGAGGAAGGCCUAAUAAGUAAGUGCAGCAUUUAGGGACAGCCAGCUGCUUCCCCAAGGUAUAUUUACAAAUGCAGAAACUCAUAAAUUUGGGGUGUUUUGAAUAUGUGUAUAUAUAAAUAUAUAUCUACACAUAUAUACACCCCCAUAUAUAUGUGUGUGUGUGUGUAUAUAUAUUUGUAUGUAUGUAUGUAUGUUGUGGACAAUAGCUUUCCAAUAGUUGUUUUGUUCAGAUUUCCCUGAGUUGUAAGAUGUUUAUUGUUUUGUUUUACAUUGUAAAUUAAAAUCAGAGAACCUAAUGUUCAUCUAUUACUGCUAAAUGAUAUGUACAUUAUACUGUGAUUUAUUUAUUUGUGGCAUAUUUACUGCACACAUUGUAAGCUGACAAUGUAGAUUAUCUAAUAGAGCAAUUUCACUAUUGGGUAAUAGGAGAAAAAUGGUCUGAUCCUUUAAGCCAGGAUUUAUGCUCUUUUACUGGGAUAGAGGCACAGUAGUAAGUAAGAAAAUGAGUAAAGAAAUACGAGUAAGAGAAUUAAGAAUGAGGAAUCAGAUUUAUGAUGUUGGUGCUAUUAUUAAGAAAUAGAGUGAAUCAGAAUUAUACCCACUGAUAAUCAUAUAUAGAAGCUAAUCAAAUACUAAAGAGAAAAAGGAAGCAAGAUGUCUUCUAGUAAUCACUUGUAGACUUAUACAGCAAAUGGGUAUGUCCUCUUUCUUGCUUUAGUUGCCUAUUCCAGCUGUUAUUUGGGGUUUUCUGAGGCUUGCCAAAUGGGUGGUUAUGUGAAAAUCCUCUUGCAUGCCACCCCUCCACUCAGUUUCAGGAAAAAAGUCUUCCCCUUCUGCCUAUAGGGCAUGUAUUAGCAGGCAAGUUCAGACCUCCUCAUUCCAAGAGAGAAGCACCUUACUUUGCCUUUAGUGCCGCUAACGGCAUAUGAUGUGAUCCGGUUUGAGUCAAGGUGGCAGGAUUGCAAUCCAUUAUGAUUGUUACAGUUAAUAGAAUUUAGUACUUAGUGGUGUUCUUCAAUGCACAUUGUAGGCAUUAGUUGUUGGUAACAUUGCUACUGGAUAACUUUGGUAACAUGCCUUGUUGUCCUGAUACGGCAGUCCUAUUGGAUUUCCACAACCAGACGAAAUCAUCUUAGAGUUACUCAAACAGUUGCAUUUGGAGCCCAGCUCUGAACAGGUUAGCAGAGACAGUUCAAUAGGAUUUCCCAGCACAACUCAGGAGCUUGUACAGUAUUAACUGCAGGGGUCUGUGGUGUUCUCCUCUGCAACCCCGUCUGCCCAUCUCUUACCAUACGCGAGAUAGGCACACUCCAGAUACGCACUUUCUGAGCUGCUACAGGGAGAGCCGCUGCAGACCGAGUCCACCGUGGCACAGCGGUUACGUGCCUCUGCAGCAGUUUGUUGGAGCAUAUGGUACAGAUUAACAAUAAUUCCAGUCUCCAAACGUAUUUGCGCAGAUACGUUGCUCACUGUCUGAGGAAGGUGGCUGCAGUCUCCUCUGCCUUGGGUUUUGGAAGUUUCCGAGGAAAUUUGAGAUGUGCAGGAAUUGCAUGACUUUCUCAUCUCUGACCCUAAUGAGUUUUGUGUUCUUCUUAAAGUUGUCCAGCAAUGGUUUUUGUUUUUUUUCCCCCCCACUGUUAUGCUGCUAUGGCUUCUCCAACAAUGAGAGGACAAAAUGGAAAAUAUCAACCAUUUAUUAUUUGGUUUUCUUGUUGAAUGUAUCAGAUUGUCUCUAGCCCACACAUUUGAAAGUGGGAAUACUUUCUGCGGUGCCACAUUCUGUUUUGCUGUGACUGAGAUCUGUCUCAAUUGUGUUUUGUUGUAUAUGAGUACCGCAAGCGGGUAAUGUGUGUUUGAUCAGUUAUGUCCACACACAAUGAUUGCAAAAUAAAACUUUGGAAUUAAACUAAAAAGAUGUAAAAUC